CAAUGGUGUCAAUAGAAAGACAUGAGCAUGUGACAGAAUCAACUAUUUUGAUAUUUUUAUACUGAAGCAAGUGAUUUUAAGUGAUAAAAAAUGGUAGACCGUGAAACAGAGAUCAGAAAAUUACGUCCAGCAGAACUUUAUGCGCUGGCCAAGACGCUAAGUCCAUACUCCUGGAAAAUUUUAAUGGGAAUCAUUCCUAAGUCUGAAUCAGAUUCAUCUCCUAUGUUCAAUAGUGAACACGUAGGGAUGAUUGAAUGUGCAGCAGCAAAGCAACAUCGUUGCCCAGCAGAAAUUUUUUUAGACGAAUGGGGUACAUGGGGUCGAAAAAGACCUACUGUUAAUUCAGUCAUUAAUCUUUCAAUCAAAGCUCAAUUAUUCAGAACUGCUGACUAUUUAGCAGUUGAAAUAUUGAAAACACUUCCUCCAGAACGACCACAACUCGGCCCAGCUGCACCAGUUGAAAUUCCUGAAGAUUUUAUUGAUCAUUUAAGCUUAGAAGAUUCUCCAGAGAAUUCAAAUACUGAAUAUUGUCGACAAUCAACUGUCGAAGCGGGACAUGAACAAAAUAUUGCAUAUCCUUCAAGAGAAUUACCCGACUUUUCAAAGCUUAAUGCCGUUUCAAGGACUGAUGAUAUCAGAGAAUUUAAAGUAAAUUACUCCGAAUCAGCAGGACAAGAUAAAGCACAAAAUGAAUUAAACCUUGGAAAUCAAUCAGUAUCGGAUUUGAUAAAAUUCAGUAAUGAAUUCAAUGAUUCAAAUAAAUCUGAGGAAGAAAAGAUUAACAAUGGCACUGAAAAAAGUGAAAAUUUAAUUAAGUUCAGUUCUGAUAAUAUAAAAGAAAUUCAAUAUGGUGUAGAACAAUCAGGUUCGUUUUUACCUAAUUUAGAGGCUCUAAAACUUAACAUGGCAGCUGCAAAAGAAUCAGAAAGCAUUCCAAUAAUACCUCAAAACUUAUCCAAUGGAGUACCAUUCCAAUUACCUGAAGAAUUACAGUCAUUUGAACUUCCUCUUUGUAUAAAAAAAGUGAGGGAUGAAAAUUCCGAUAUUGAUAUUGAAUCGAGUUGUACUGAAUCCAAGAGUUCUAAUUACAGUCAAGAAAGUUCUCGUCUAAUAGGCAGUUCUGUAUCUGAUGAUUUAAAUAACAAUCAAUCACAGCAAGAACACACUCCGAUUAACAGACGGAUAAAUAGUAACAAUUCUGAUACUUUUAAAUCUAUCGUUUGUCCAGCACCGAUCGAUUCCCAAGAAUUACCUCUAACUGUUUUAGAGUUUUCUAAGCGUUAAUUAUAUUGAUUACAAGUAUUUUUAUAGAUUUAUGAUUAUAACUAAUCAUUAGCUGGAUGUAUUUGAUUGAACAGAACAACCAACAAAAGUUUUUAAUAAUAAAGUCUUCAAAUGAUAUCUAAUUAUUAAGUUUCUAUAUUGAUUUUAUGUAUAUUGGAAAAAGAAACGUGAUACAUUUUGACAAUA